UUUAAUUGCCAGCUUCUCGAAAUGAACCGCCUUUAAUUGCGAGCUGCUUAUGAAAAACCCCACUUUUUUCGCCCUUGAAAUUGACUACUUUUUAAUUCUCACAAACUGCCCCUUGACACAUACUCAACCACCACCGCCUGAAAGAAAAGACAGCCGCAUUCGAUUUCCACUUGGCCGUUUCCGGCGACAAUUACUAUUUCCGGCCAAUAGAGAAGAGAAAGCUCCGCCUUGCGUCCCGAUUUCCGGCUGCUGUAACUGAACCUCGCACCAACGCAGGAGCUAAGCCCUAUUCUGCUUCUUUCUAUGAUCUCUGCAGCCUCUGUAUUCCGGUGACUUGGCCGGAAUUAGGGAGAAAUGGAGGAGAGAGUGAGCGAGAAGUUCAGAUCUCUUGUUGAGAGUGCAGAGAAGAAGUUUGCUAGGGUUAGGGACCUUCCGUAUCAUGGUAGGGACAGGUGUGGCCCUUAUUUUCAGAAGGUUUUCAAGGCUUAUAUGAAGCUGUGGAAGUUUCAGCAGGAGAACAGACAGAAGCUUGUUGAGGCGGGGCUUAGAAGAGCCGAGAUAGGUGAGAUCGCUUCAAGAAUUGGUCAGCUUUACUAUACACAGUAUCUGAGGACCAGUGAAAUUAGGUUCUUGGUGGAGGCUUGUGUGUUCUAUGAGGCAAUUCUAGAGAGAUAUUACUUCAAGGGGAGCUCUCAGGACCUUGGGCUUGCAUACAAGGAGCUUCGCUUCUUGGCUAGGUUCAUGGUGGUUUGCUUGCUCUUGAACAGAGAGGAGAUGGUGCAGAAGCUUGUUGAAAGACAUAAGUCACUCCUGGAUGAGUGCAAACGAACCUUGCAGGAUGCAAGCUUUAAAGAUUGGAAGCAUGUGGUGCAAGAAAUUGUCAGAUUCGUAAAAGCAGAUACAGAACUUGUGACUGUCAGGCCUUUGCGAUAUUGUGUUCCCUAUGAUUCUCAUCCUGUUCUUCUGAAUGUGGCCAAUCUCAAGGCAUGGAGGCCUUUAAAGCUACAAGAUGCAUUGCUGACCAGCUAUCAUCAUAAUGAGGUCAAGUUUUCAGAUAUAACACUGGACACAUUCAGAAUGUUGCAAUGUUUGGAGUGGGAGCCCAGUGGAUCCUUCCACCAAAUCCAAUUGACUGAUUCAAGUGCUGAUGGUGUAUGCAAUCGGCCUGAUGGCUUUGGAAUUAAUCAUCUCAAAAUUGCUGAGGCUAUGGAUGAUGCAAUGUUGCCUCCAAAUCCAAGGAAGGCUAUUCUUUAUCGGCCAUCUGUUACCCAUUUGAUUGCGGUAAUUGCUACAAUAUGUGAAGAGCUCUCUCCAGAAAGCAUUAUGCUAAUCUACAUAUCAGCAUCAGGGAAGGCUGAGCGGAAUGUCACUUCUCUGCCAACAGCUUCUGGAGCUCUGAUGAACUCUUCACAACCAAUUUUGCGCGUUCCACAUGCUCAUGAUUUAUUAUCAAAAGAGAGCUCAGUUACCACAGAUAAUCAUCGGAAAUAUGGUUCAGAAUCUCAUGCUUCAGUGGAUGAUAAAGGCGACUCUGUUGAUUCUUCAGGGACAUGCUUGUGGUUGGGUUCUCGUGGAAAUGGAGGUGUGAACAAGCUUUAUCCUGCUGAUAUACUUCCUUUUACAAGGAGGCCACUUUUUCUUAUUAUUGACAGUGACAAUAGUUGUGCAUUCAAGAUUGUACAUGGUUCAGAAAGGGGAGAGUCUGCUGCAUUGCUUUUGUCCCCAAGUGGACCUACAUUUUCAGGUUUAUCUUCUUUUGAUCCGACUCGAAAUGGCAGCCUGUUCACCUUUUUUCUCACUGCACCUAUACAGGCAUUCUGCAAAUUGGUUGGUCUCUCCAACUCCAAUCUUGAGAUGCAGGAUGUGUACAGAAAGGCAGAAGGCAUACUUUCUUCUGCUUUCUCUGUGUGGGAAGUGAUUCUCAGCAAAUCAGACAAUCUAGAGAUUGUUUGGGCUCGAGUUUUACCUGACCCAUUUCUGAGGCGACUAAUUAUCAGGUUCAUAUUUUGUCGGACUGUUUUAGCUCUCUAUGCACCAUGUGGAAAGAAUCGUUAUUUACCAGAAUGCCAGCCUAAUCUUCCUGCUUCUGUAUCUCCCACUUGUGCUACUUCGCAAUCUACCCUCCACCGGUUAGCAAGCUGCCUUGGUGUGGUUGACCAAUUUUCAUUCACAUGUUCGUUAAAAGGCACUGCUCAAAUCACAAAAGCGAUUUCUGAGAUCGAAGAAGUGUGUCGUGAGAAGGGUACAGUUUGUUAAUAUAUGGCAUCGUUGCAUUUGAUGGGCUAAAAGCUAUUUAUCUACUGAUCAUCAGUGUCAAUGAUUUGGGGUUGCAAGUCGGUUUGCAUAGCAGUUGAGAUUUUUUUAAUGUUCCAACUGCUGUACAGCAUCCAACGGUGAGCUCUUCAAGUUUCUGUUGGCCCCUUCUGGGUAAAAUGGCUGGUUUGAUUGAUGAAAAGUUGUGAAAUAAGUGAUCUUCUUUUGGUUUUUAUUCUUUAUGUUUUAUUAUUUUCAUCAUGUAGUCUGCGCUACAUUUUUGUGUAUAAGAUGAAAAGAUUAGCCGCAUGUGUAAAUGAAUAAGAGUUAGGGUAUUUUGAGGUGUCGUUUCGAUACCUGGAAAUACAUUUCGAGAAAUGUUGUUUUUGUG